AGGCGUCUCUAAAGGUGCUGGGAAAGAGGUUGAAAACGAGUGUGCUGAACUAGCCUUGCAGCCUAAUGCUGGCUAUAUAACCACCAAAGCAGGAAGCUUGCCAUGCCAAAAAUAAUCCAUUUUGUCGCCCAAGAUGAUAUGAAAGUGCCAGUCUCCAAAGUGCUUCAGGAAUGUGAAUUACAGCAGUACGCCUCUGUUACCAUCCCAGCAGUUGGAGCAGGUCAGGCAGGCUGUUUUCCGGACAUAGUCGCUGACGAGAUGAUGGAUGCAGAAACUGACUGCAAGGAGGAACUCUACUCCAUCUGUGAAAACUAUUAAAUCUGUCAUUUUUCAGUCGUAUCUGCUGACUGUGUUCCAUACAAGCUUGAAAAAAAGAGAAAAUCCUGGUAAAGAAGAUUCAAAGAAGAUUCCUACGUGUCCUUUGACAGUAUGACAAAUACGUGCGUGGAAAGUGCUUUUAUAAGAAAGCAGAAAGCUGUCUCACUCGUCAUUCACAAGACAAAGUACCUGGCGAAUAUAGAAGGUGGAUAUGCUACAGAUGGGGAUGGACAACGUAUGGUGCUUACACGUACUGAUAAAUCUGCAGAUCAGGAAUCAACAGCACUGCCCGAAAAAUGGGACGACAUGCAAAAUCAGCAGCUCAAAAUAGCGGAAUUGAAACCAGAAGCAAAAGACUACAAGCAAGUGAAGGAAAGGUUUCUGAAGACCGCUCCAUCACUGAAUCUGAAAAUUGAAAAGAUUGAAAGGGCCCAGAACCCAUCUUUGUGGAAAGUCUACAGAAUAAAAAAGUGUCAGAUGGACGACAAAAACAGCGACAACAGCAAUGAGAAGUUUCCGUCCCGUGGGGCAAGCGCAGCGUCGUUAACCUUCAUUAGCAACUGUGGAUUUAACCGCAGCUAUGCUGGAAUGCACGCUGCACCGUAUGAAAAUGGAACUUGGCUGUUCACGCCAGCUAUUCUGCUAAUGACCUCUACUCAAAACCAGAUGCAAACGUGGAGCGGGUUCACCUGCAAACAACCGGAAGAGCGGAGAUGCAGACCUUCUGGACACAAGUUCUCAUGUAACACUCAUUCAGACAGCCCGGUUCAAACGCAGUUCCCGACUUCUGCCAGCAGCUCGCGCCGUUGAUCUUCCUCGCACCCAGGAACACAAGGCUUCCGACAGAAACCUCCCCGGAGCUGCACCAGAGCUGGUGUGACAAACAGGAGGGACAGCACAAAGGCCGUAAAGGAAAAAAUGUUUUGAAAUAUAUUCCACGGUAGACUACAAAGCAACUUGUUAUUGGCACACCCCGGGCUCGUGGCGAGGCUU